AUGGCCGCGCCAGUGUCUAAAUUCCCGGAGCAGGAGAAACUCUCGCCGGAAGAAAUGGCUGCCUCAGAUCAGAUAUCGGGCUUGAAGCUCUCUCAAGACGCAGUUCAUGUGGUGUACUGUGUUGGCCCGAAGUACAAAGCUGGCGAUAAUCGUACAUCUGCGCUAUGGCUGGCAAAGACAUCCAAGGAAAACGGUGCGCGAAAGCUUACCUCGGGCGCAAUGAACGACUAUUCGCCCGCGUUCCACCCAGUCUCGUCCGAUAUUUACUUCCUGUCCGAUCAUCAGAAGGCAGGAGACCCCGCACAGAUAUACACCCUCCCGAUCUCUGCUACGGAAGACGACGAACCAUCUGCGGUCACGUCGUUAGACGGUUACAAUGGCGUCAAUUCGUUUGUAAUCUCACCCGAUGGCAACUACCUUGCUUUUAUACAGCAGAAUAAACCAUCCUACAAGGAUACCAAGGAGCCUAUCUCGGUCUGGAGAGAGAAAAAGGAUAUCGGUUCUCUCUGCUUGAUUGAUCUACGCCAUUCUACCAAGAGUAUACGAACACUAGUCUCCGUCGAUGCGCACGUAGAGUCCUUCGCAUGGAGCCCAGAUAGCUCUUCCAUCAUUUAUCGCUUGCUCAGCCAUCCUGACCUCGAAAGCCACGCAUUCCCAGUAACGGAGGCAAUCGUCUCCAUCGAUUCCGGAGACGUGCACGGCACCUUCGAAUACCCCAGAUUGCCAGCAAGGCCCACCAUCUGGAGACACGAUGGCGAGCUAGUCUUCAUCCAAGUCCGAUCGCCAUCCUACCACUGUUCGUCUAACGCCCUUUGGAAACGUGCAUCAGACGGCACCUCUGCAGCUACAUAUGUCGCCUACGGCGAUGACGAUGAUGUCGAGACGGUUGCUGAUCUCGGCGUGGAUUCUCAGUAUGCGGUGGCGGUCGCUUCUGGGCUUGAUACUAAAUUCGACGUCUACAAUGAAGACCACAAUGCCUUCACUGCCUUCGAGACGGACAAUGACAUGGCUGUCUCGUAUUUGGCUUGGGACAUGAGAUCGACCGCGGAUGGGCAUUUCGUCCUCGUGGCACUAGUCAGUUCCAGCGUGCACGGGAAGCCCGAGGACGUCUGGUGCGGGGUCACCGAGAAGGGAAAGAAGGGCACGCUGUCAAAAAAGCUGUCCUUGCAUAAUUCUUGGUUUACAAGCGCAAAAGCUCCGGUGACCACGCCGUUUGAGUGGAAUAGUACAGACGGUCAAAAUAUUCAAGGCGUAUUCUCUUAUCCCAGAGGUGCUGAACUCAAGAAGCUCCCUACUGUGGUUGUCGCCCAUGGCGGUCCUUACGCGCGUGACACGCUGGCUUUACCACUAUACAUGGGUUCUUGGCGUAUCUUCCUCGCCUCUCAUGGUUACCUCGUUUUAUCACCGAACUACCGCGGUAGUUCAGGCCGGGGUGACAACUUCGCGAAAGCGGCAAACGGCGGUAUGGGGACACUGGAGUGGACAGAUAUUGAGACGAUGGUCGAGCACUGCAUUGGUCAAGGAAUGGUCGACCCUGACAAGCUCGCCAUUGCUGGGUACAGCCAGGGCGGUUUCCUCACCGCGUGGGGGUGCACACGACCCAACAACACGUUCAAGGCUGGCGUUGUCGGUGCGGGGGUAUCAGACUGGGGCCUGCUCGCCGCCACUUCUGACAUGCCGGAUUUCGAGGCUCAUCUUGGAGGCGCCGGUCCCUGGACACCGGGCGAACCGGUCUAUUUGCGAGGCAGUCCGCUGAAGGACGCGAAGAACGUGCGUGCACCCCUGCUCUUCCUGCACGGAAAGGACGACAAGGUGGUCCCCGUCACUCAGGCGAUCGCCAUGCUGCGAGGAGUAGAGCGCGCUGGCCACGCUAGUGUGAAGCCCCAACUUGUCAUCUAUCCGAGAGAGGAUCAUGGGUUCGAAGAGCGCAUCCAUGUGGAAGACGUUCUCCGCAGGCUGGUUGAGCACCUUAAUCUGUAUGUCAAGUAG